AUUAAUACGCGCGGUUGGUGUAAAAUAGGUUUACGCAUUUAAAGAUACAUAGAUUUACUCAUUUAUUCCCAACUCACCAUGUGCGUAGCUGACAUUUACUGAGGGCAUUGUGUGUUUUUCCCGUCGCUGUCACACGCGCUGUCAGCUGUAGCCCCCCUUUUGACAGGUAAACACGCAGGAAACAGCGCCAGGAAGACUUUUACGCACAUUUACGCACGUGACUUACGCGCCGUCCUCCUGGAUCCUGCGGCGAGCGCGGCUUUACCAUCCCCGCGGUUUAUAUUCAUUUUAUCCCUGCAAUCUAUUCUGAAGUGCGUGGCUUUGGAGUGAGCGAGCCUAGCGUGUGCGCCCGAGCCCCUCCUCGCGCUGCUGCAGUGUGUCAGCGAGGCGCGCACGUCUCCAAACUGGAAUAACGCAGACAUCCGCGCCAAACGCAGCGAUUAUCCAACGUAUCGACGCGUGUUUGUCACAUUUGGACUCGUGCUUGCAUGAAGGCACCAUGGAUCUUCCUCUUCCUCCGCCGCUCCUCUGACCUCUGACCCCCCGCUCCCCUUCCCCUCGUCUCGUUUCGCCCGUCCGACCCGCGUUCUCCAUCCUUCUCUCACCACCAUGGCCGGCGGGGACAAAGGUCCGGCCAAACGGAGCGCCAUGGACAUCAAGCGCCUGGCGAGCCUGAUCCAGCGAGGGGCCGGGCGGCUGCUCGUCAUCGACAGCAGGACGUUCUCGGAGUACAACGCGUCGCACGUGCAGGGCGCCGUCAACGUGUGCUGCUCCAAACUGGUCAAGAGGCGACUGCAGCAGGACAAAGUGUCUGUGACGGAGCUGCUGCAGCCCAACGGCAAGGUCAAGGUGGAGCUGGGCAGGAAGCAGGAAGUAGUGGUUUAUGAUCAGAGCUCCAAAGAAGCAGGGCACCUGUCCAAAGACGGUUUUGUGCAGAUUCUCAUGGGGAAGUUGGAGAGCACGUUCCACAAAGUGUCUCUGCUCACGGGAGGAUUUGCUGCGUUCUCCUCUUGUUUCCCGGGUCUGUGUGAAGGGAAACCUGCCACUGCUCUGCCUAUGAGCCUGUCCCAGCCCUGUCUGCCAGUGGCCAACGUGGGGCCCACUCGCAUCCUGCCACACCUGUACCUGGGAUCACAGAAGGAUGUCCUCAACAAGGAUCUCAUGGCUCAAAACGGUAUCACGUAUGUGCUGAACGCCAGCAACACCUGCCCCAAGCCGGACUUCAUCAGCGAGAGCCAUUUUAUGCGUAUCCCAGUUAAUGAUAACUACUGUGAGAAACUACUUCCCUGGCUGGAGAAAACCAAUGAAUUUAUCGACAAAGCCAAGGUGUCAAACUGCAGAGUCAUUGUGCACUGCCUGGCAGGAAUCUCACGUUCAGCGACCAUCGCCAUUGCAUACAUCAUGAAGACAAUGGGCUUGUCAUCAGACGAUGCCUACAGGUUUGUGAAGGACAGAAGGCCGUCCAUCUCUCCCAACUUCAACUUCCUCGGUCAGCUGCUGGAGUUUGAAAAAGGACUUCGUCUUCUUCAGGCACUCACCUCAAACUCAGAUGCUGAGAAUGCUGAGAGCAGCAGUAAGCAGCACUCGGAGGUUAAUGGGGUCGGCACAUGUUUGGAAAUGAAUGGACACAGCAGCUAUGAGUCAUCUGUGGCAGAGCCGCAGAUUCCUUCAGAGCCGAAGCUGCCGUCGCCCACGACGCUGCAGCAGGGCUUUAAUGGCCUGCACCUCUCUGCAGAGAGGAUCAUGGACACGAACCGCCUCAAACGCUCCUUUUCUCUGGACAUUAAAUCUGUGUACUCCCCCAAAAGUCAACACUGUCCCACGUUGGCACCCACACAUUGUGAGGACGUCCCUAAGCUGUGCAAGCUGGACAGUCCUAGUUCAGGCUCUUCGAACGGUGUCUGCUCCCAGUCUCCCGUCCAAGACAGCCCCAGCAGUUCGUCCGACUCGCCGUUCCCCUCUCCAGGAAGUGGAGGCAGCAUCGGAGGGCUGGGUCAUGGGGGUCCUGACGGAGUCCAUCGGUCGUCCAGGCCUCGAAGGAAAGCCAAGCACAGCUCGAGCAGCUCCCCUGUCCACUCCCAGCCACAGCACCCACCCCAGACCCUCAGCUUGUCCCUGGACAGCAACACCCCGUGUGGGGAGGAGAGCCUGAAGGGGUCACUAUUACUGUCCCUGCCCUCUCUGCCCAAUGUGGGGUCUGGGGCCAUGUGGACCAAACACAGAGACACUGUCCAAGCCACUACUCCAGUCACUCCAGUCACCCCCACCACAGACGCCCCCUGGCACUUUGGGGCAGACGAGGGGGGAGACAUGGACCUUGGAGUCAAUGGGACAGCAGAGGAGUCAACACUGAGGUUAGGGAGCAGUUCGGCCUACGUGGCGUUUGGGUGCAGUGAAGGUGCUCGGUUACGCGAUAAAUCCCAAAGGGAGAAGCCCCCUACGGGACAAACGCAGAGAGACCACCGAGACAUCACGUCCACGACGUCUAACGGUGCCAGCACCGGCGGGUCGGACAAACAGUUCAAGCGACGCAGCUGUCAGAUGGAGUUUGAGGACGGCAUUUCCGAAACGCGAUCCAGAGAAGAACUGGGCAAAAUCGGGAAGCAGUCAAGUUUUUCGGGGAGCAUGGAAAUCAUUGAGGUCUCCUGACAGAUAAUGGACAUGAGCUCAAUUGUCCCAGUGGGGCAACAAUGGACCUAGAAGGAAUGCACAAAGACAAAAACAAAGGGAUACAGACUUUUACGUGCUCCCUUCAUCGGCAGUGUUAAGACUUAUGUGACAAAUAGAAAACUGAACUCUUUGCAUUUGCACCAGGACUACAGACAGAGCCUAACGGACGGUGCAUUGCAGACCUGGGGGACAUGGAGAAAAGGGGGUAACAGAAGGUACGGAUUCAUUACUUGGUUGAAAAAAGAACUGAAACAGGACAAGUGUUGUGUUGCAUCCCUAAUACAGUAUAUGGAGACUUCCUGUUAUGACAGACUGAACCUGCUUGCCUGUGGUCUACUGUAAUGUGGGUGUUGAGCUUGUGAUCUGAACCAAGCCUUGUUUUUCCUUUUCAAAGCUUCACCCUAAAAAACAUUAUCGCACGGCUACAUCCAAACCUCUCCCCUGCUGUGUGCUCUGUAACAUCCAAAAAUGACUAAACGUACCACCACAGCACAAGUCUAUCAGCAUGGACAUCCUCUAUCAACGGUACAGCGUCAAAACAAUGAAGGAUUUUUGAGACUUUUGACCCCAGACAAAGUUCUCCCUAAAGCACAGACUUAAACCCGUCGUAUCAGUGUUAACCAUGUGAUGGAGAAGACGAUUCGGGAUGGACCCUCCCAUUACCCCCUCCUCAUUCCACCUAUGGUCACCACUGAGCAUGCACCAAAAAGGCUGACUACAGACCGAUAAAUACUAUAUAUAUACAUUAUGAAUAUAUAUGGCAAUUUUAAUGGACUCCUUAUAGACUUUUUGUUCAGUUAUAGUUUAAUUUAUUGUAUUGGUUCAUUCUGGUAAUGAGAAUUAAUAUAAUGUUUUGUGGAUUUUCAUUUUCUUUUGUUGAAUUAUUAUUAUUAUUAUUGUUAUUAUUAUUAUUAUUAUUUGCUGUAUGGUAUUUAUGAACACAAUGAUACAAGUACACACAUCCAAUGAGCAAUAUGUGCUGUUCCUUCUUUGGGAGAGUGAAUUACGGCUUUGAAAUGCACUUUUCUGCUUUCUAUGACAAAGUCCAGUUACUAUUGACAAAAGCCAAGUGUGGAAGCUGGAGUCAGUGUUUUGGUGGUAGAAUGGCUCCAAUAGCACCAUUUUGUACGAGCUCGUGAAAAACUGUCCCAGCUCAGCUCAAGUGUUAAAUGAAGAGACUGUUCUGUUUGUAUGCAACGUCAGUCAGAGCCGCCGCGUGCGCUCUGAGCUCAUUUCCAUAUUCUCAAUUUUGAAAUCACAAGUUGCCAUUUAUUAAAGCUUGCAUAACACCAGGUAUAUGCAACCAGCGGUGCAGACUGUCCUCACAGAGCCAGCACCUGUUUGCCAUAGUUUCAAAAGCUUCCCACCAAAGCUUCUGACAGGCUCACACUCAAAUCUAUACAACUGUAAGCACUUGUACAUGUACUAGGCCCCACACACACCCUUUUCAUUCUCAGGGGAUCUUUCAGUGAGCCAAGCCCAGUGCAGGGUACAGCCGUGCUGCUGCUGCCGGUACAUCAGCACAAUGCAUGUCCAUAAAGCUCUUUCACUCUCCUCUUUCUAUUUGUAUUCGUUUUGAUUUCCCAAAGCUUUGAUAAAAACGAUUGAAAUGAAGCCCAAAUGGAAGACUCUCCUGGUGCGAGAUUAUUUAUUUAUAAUGUUUCAUGUGUAUUUUCUUGCUUUUAGCCCUGAUUAGCUUUUCUGUCUGACCUUUGACCUCCUGCUAUUGCAGCUAUGAUAAAAUCUGAUUCCAGUGUUGACUUUUUGUCCCAAUAAAAGGCAUGAGGCUCAAGCAACCUGUCCUAUUUUUUAUACAUGUCAAUGCAGACGCAGACUGUCCCACCUGCUAAAACUGUGGUUAUUAUUAUGAUUAUAUUAUUAUUAUUACUAUUAUUAUUAUUGUAAAUAGCAACGCAUCUAAGAACACUGAUGAGUUUAGACGAGUUUUUAAAGUAAAUCCCGAUACCUUUGGCUGCUUGACGCAAAAUACCUCAGGUUCUCUUGAAAGGCUUUUCCUUCCCCUGUAAAUGUUUUGUGAAAAUGAGACAAAAUACAGACAUGACAAAUACAA